AUGUUGAAAAAUUCAAAUGACUUCAAGUGGAAGGAAAAGGCGAACGAAAAGAUAAAAGGUUCCGACUUCCUGCUGUCGGACAAAUCUAUUCAUGAAAUACAACAAAAGUUGGCUCCAAUGGGAAGAUUAAAGCAUAAAUCACAGAUCCUGCUUUAUCCUUUAUUAACUUUUUUAAAAGAAGUAAAAGUUGCUUUAGAAGUGUUGAUGAACUGGGAUAAAUUCAUCUCUGUAGCACCAUAUGAAAAUCAAUUGAUUAAGGUUUCAACAGAACAGAACCGUACCAGAGGCUACAAUAAUAAAAUUGAAAUUGAAAAGUUUAAGAAGAAUUCUAUUCAAUGUGAAAACCUGUGCGUGACUAAUUAG